UCACUUCAGAGUCCUACACAGUCAAGGACCUGUGCAGACUGCUGCAAGACAGGCUCUGAAUAGCAGCACUACACGGACAACUUUCUCCCUUGUGAUUUUCUAAGAGGAUCUGCUCGUUUGGAUUAUAUUCUUCUAGGACUAUUAAAUACUAUGAUAGAAAAAGUCGUACGUUCUAAUUCAGUUUAAUUCUAACAGCUGCGCGUCUUGUUUGAUAUUUCAGUGAACCGGGCUGAAGUGUUAAACCUGCUUGGUAGAGGGUGAAGGACAAGUGCAAUGCGCUUCAGACGUGUCUCUUGGGAUUGUCCCACUUGCACCUGAGGAGCUAUGUCGAGCUGCCGUACAGAUCUUGUUCAAGAGGACGCAGUCCAAUGUGAAUAACAAGAGUCAAUUUCCAGCCUCUUCAGCUUUUCACAGCUACAAGCAAGUGCAGCACAGAGUCUGACGGAGCCCGCUGAGCAGCUCUGAUACCCUGGUUUCUCUCCCCGAGGGGAUGGUUGUGGAUCCUGUGGGGCCAGGAGCGAUUCUGCGGCUCCUACAGAAUAGCACCAUUUUCUUGUUCGGGGUUAAAUCUAAAUUACAGGGAGAUGAGAGCCGCACUUUGUUACUUCCUGCUGUGGACGACGUACCUGCUGCUGGCCACCUCUGAGGAAGUGGAGUUUCCCCAGGAGCUGAUAGACAGACUGUCCCACAGUGAAAUCCACAGCAUCAGCGACCUCCAGCGGCUACUGGACAUUGAAUCCGUAGGUACGGGAAACAAUGUUAUUGAGGAGCCCAAGCACCACAAGCAACACAACCUCCAAAAGAACUACUCCCGUCAUCAUGGUUACUACAAUGACCUGAAGAGCUCCCAGCUCCACAGCAGACGCAAGAGGAGCAUCGCAGAGGAGGCGGUCCCAGCGGUGUGUAAGACGCGGACGGUGAUCUACGAGAUCCCCAGGAGUCAGGUGGAUCCCACGUCUGCCAACUUCCUGAUAUGGCCGCCCUGUGUGGAGGUGAAGCGCUGCACGGGCUGCUGCAACACGAGCAACAUGCGCUGUCACCCUUCCCGCAAGCACCACCGCACCGUUAAGGUAGCAAAGGUGGAGUACGUGAGGAGGAAACCCAAACUGAAAGAAGUCUUUGUGCGGUUAGAAGACCACCUGGAGUGUGUGUGCACGUCACAACAUCAUGUGGUGGAGCACUCAGAUUCAGAAACAGUGGACGUGAGGUGAGACCAAUCAGAAGAAGGGACUUCAGCGUGGGAGGGACCUAAAUAGUGGAUGCCACCAACAGGAGACCUGCUCUGUCCUCUUCCCCACUGCCAUGCAACCUUCGUUUUAAUAGACAAACUUUUGUGUUAAGACGACAGACUGAAAAUAGACAACAAACAAAAAUAAAUAAGAUGCCAAAGGUGCUUUUUAAAAAAAAACAGUAACCAGUGAUGAUGACUUCUUCUGUGGUAUUCCACCUACCCAGACAACUGCCGCUGAUUAAGAAGAAAAGAGAGAGAUGCUGUAGCUCGGACAGGGCCGAAAGAUGCCGAAGAGAGAUGAUGAAAGGGAUUUGGGUUGAACACUUUGAGACUUUGUUUGAACAAGACGCACAACAUAAACGGCUAUGAAACAGUUGGAUCAAGCUUUCGUGGGAAUCUGAUGCUCGGACUCCAAAACAGCAGUGGAUGACCUCCAGCUGGUCAACAUAAAAGUGCCCUGCCCUGUUUGAAUGACUCUUGCACACACAGGAAGAAAAAAGAGAGAUAUAGGAAAAACAAUGGAAGGAGAGAAAGAGAGAGACAAAUGGAGGGUUUUUUUCCAAAAGUCUCUAUGGAGUAUCAAACAUUUUUUAGUUUUUGGAUGUUUGCUCUGAGUAAAGAGGAUAUCUUCUUCGAGACCCCUGGUGAUCUGUGACUUUACCCACUUGCUAUGUACAGUUAAAUUUGAAAAGAAAGAUGCGCCACUACUUACAAACUAUUUAUAUGUGUGGGCGUUUGCUUUCUGUCUCUUCCAGUACAAAAGAAAGAACAAAAAAGAUGUUUAAUGAUUUUGGAGACAUGCAAGAGUUCUGUGUGGUCCGGUUCUUCGUAACCAUCAGCAUCACAAUCUCAAAGUCAUUUUUUUUUAGUCGAUGUUAUUGUUUUCAUCCAUGUUUCUUAUUAUAUUACAGUAUAUCUGAAUGAUGUCAAGUCUUGUAUUUGGUUUGGAUAUAUGUGUGCAAGGAGGAGAUGUGAGAGUCAGUACAGGAAGAUGCUUUAUUUUUGUUAUGAAAUACAUUAAGCUUACUUAUAUCCAA